GGAAUAUAUAAUAAUAAAAAUAAGUGUCCCACGUCACUGAGAAGAAAAUGUGAUAGAUGAAGAAGUAGUACUGGCCACAUGUGGGUGGUGUUUGAAGUCGAAGAGAUGGCGGCGUCAGAUGCGUUGUGGAUAAUGAGCGCUGCUGUUCUUCUGCUGAUGGCCCCAAUCACUAACGCUUGGGGAAAACAAGGACACUUUGCUAUCUGCAAAAUCGCCCAGGAAUAUCUAACUGAAGAGGCUCUCGAAGUGGUAAAAGACUUGCUCCCUGAUGAAGCUAAAGGAGAACUUGCUAAUGUUUGUGAUUGGGCAGAUCUAGUUCGUUAUCAUGCACACUACGGUUGGAGCAAGAGUCUACAUUAUGUUGACACACCUGAUUUUUUAUGCAACUACAAAUUUUCCAGGGAUUGCCAUGACACUAAGAGGCAUAAGGAGAGGUGUGUUACUGCAGCAAUUCACAACUACACUGAGCAGCUUUUUGGUUACAAUAAUUCAAACUCAAAAACAAAUUACAAUUUGACAGAAGCACUCAUGUUCUUAUCACAUUUUGUUGGUGAUGUCCAUCAGCCUCUUCACGUAGGGUUCCUUGGAGAUGAAGGGGGAAACUCAAUAAUUGUCCGGUGGUACCGGAGGAAGACUAAUUUGCACCAUGUAUGGGAUACUAAUAUCAUCGAAACUGCGGUAAAGAACAUCUAUGACUCUAAUCUUACACUGAUGAUUCUAGCUCUUCAAAACAAUAUCACGAAUGAAUGGCCCGUUGAUGUUCAUUUGCUGGAAAGUUGCAAUGAGUCCGUCUGUCCAGACCCGUAUGCCUCAGAAAGUAUUAGUUUAGCCUGCAAAUUUGCCUACAGAAAUGCCACGCCUGGGAGCACUUUGGGAGAUGAAUAUUUUCUCUCAAGGCUGCCGGUUGUGGAAAAGAGGUUAUCUCAAAGCGGGGUCCGUUUGGCUGCCCUUCUCAACUCCAUUUUCACUUCACACCCAUCAGUUGCACAACUAUGAAGAUAACAGGGGGGGAGAACCGGGAGGAGUGAAGCUGCACUUGUUGCAAAUGCAGUCAUAUAUAGAUUGGGUUUCCCUAGGGAACAACAAUUGAAAUGCCUAAUAACUACUUCAUGAAACCGGCCUUCGGUUUCAAGCAUUUUAUAUCUCGUUGGAGAGAUUAUUUUGAGCUCUUAAAUUAGUGUUUUUUAGAAAGUUUCACUUGUUUACGUCUUAACGAGAAUGUCAUUAGGUUGUUGGGGAAAUUGCAAUGCAUAUAUAUAUGUUCCUCUUCUUAAAAUAUAUCAUCAGGCCAUGCGAAAUUUCAUGGCACACAUUGUUAUCUUCAAUGUACAUUUAAGAUGUUUUUAUCUGGAUUGUUUUCUGUCCCAGAUCAGACUUAAAAGACAACAGACUAGACCAGAUCACCAAAUUUUAGUUCAAGCAAAA